AUGACAAUCAUGCGCCGGCCGACGGAGCUCUGCGAGGACAAGCUGGGCGCCCGCCUGCGGCACGUCUUCAGCCAGCACGACGGCAGCAGCGGCGCCGUCUCUGCCUCCGCGCUCGAGGAGGUACUGCAGCAGCUCGACCUGCCGCAGGCGUAUGCCGCACGGCUGGUGCGACAGAUUGACGUGGACGGCAGCGGCAGCGUCAGCUUCGAGGAGUUCCACACGUUCGUGCGCCGCCGGCUCAAGCAGCUGCACGCCGCCUUCAACGCCGUGGAUCGCGAGCAGAGCGGAAGCAUCCCCAUCGGCUCGGUGCACGAGAUGCUCGAGGCAAUGCACCUGCAGCUCACCGCCGAGGACGAGGACGUGCUGGUCAGCCAGCUGCGUGCCGGCAGCAACCAUGUGACCUUCGAGUCAUUCCUCAAAGUGUUUGCGCUGCUUCAACCCAUCGACCUACUCACCCUCUACGACAAUGAUGCAAUCCUGCUUGAAUUCGGCUCGCCGACCGACUUUGGCGGCUUGCUCCGGCGCAGCAGCAGGGGCAGCCUGACGCGCCGCGAGUCUCUCGCACUGCAGAAAGCCAAGGCUUCGCCCGCCUCGAACGUCCUCGCUGCGCGUCUCUUCCUCGGCGGUGUCGCCGCAACAGCACAAUUCGUUGUGCACCCCGUCGAGACGGUCAAGGUGCGGCUGCAGAACCAGGGCUCCUCCGGCGAGCGACGGUACACGGGCUUCGCGCAGGGCUUCCGGGUGGUCGUGGCGGACGAGGGGCUGCUCGCGCUGUACAAGGGUUGGUGGCCGGCGGCGGCGCGGGAGAUGCUGUACUCGUCGCUGCGCUUUGGGCUGUACGCGCCG